CUCACAGGAUUUCAAUGCAAUCAAAAAGCUCAUCAGUAAGGAUACAACUCUGCAGUGCUAUGAUAGACGCAAACCAGUAACACUCCAAGUUGACACUUCUAUGAGAGGAGUUGGCACAGCAUUGAUACAAGAAGGUAAACCUAUUGCAUAUGCCUCAAAAGCUCUCUCACCCACAGAGACAAGGUAUGCAAACAUUGAAAGGGAACUCCUGACAGUAGUAUAUGACUGUGAAAAGUUUCAUACAUACCUGUAUGGCAGACAUUUCAAUAUUGAGUCAGACCAUCACCCGCUAGAACAAAUAUACAGAAAAAAACCUCACAAAAACACCAGCCAGACUGCAAAGUUUACUGUUGAGGCUCCAAAAGUACAACUACAAUAUCAGGUACAAGCCAGGAAAGGACCUGAUAUUGGCAAAUGCUCUUUCCAGACUAUCCUCAUAUGAUAAACAGGAGAUGGAAGGACUAAGUGUAAAGGUCCAUCACAUUGUAAAUGAGACAAAUACAAAACUGGAACAAAUCAAAGAGGAGACCAGCAAAGAUGAAGAACUCCAGCUCCUUACUCAGAUGGUGAUUCAGGGGUAGCCAGAGAAGAGACAUCAGGUUCAGCCCCUCAUUCGUGAAUAUUGGGUGAGCCAUGAUGACAUAUCAGUGAAGAAUGGAAUCCUGAUGGCUAGAUCCCGAAUAAUUAUACCCAAAUCAAUGCAAAAAGAGAUUCUUGACAAGAUCCACCAAGGGCAUCUAGGAAUGGAGAAAUGCAAGCUCCGAGCCAAGUCAGCAGUAUAUUGGGUAGGCAUAUACAAAGACAUAGAAAAUAUAGUUUCUACAUGCCACAUCUGUCAAAAGUACAGAAAUUCACAACAAAAGGAGGAAAUGAUAUCCAGUGACAUCCCUAGAAGGCCAUGGCAAGCUAUUGGAGUAGAUCUGUUCACAGAAAACCAAGAAUGGUACUUGAUUAUGGUCUGCUACUACUCCAAAUUCCCAUUUGUGAGAAAAGUUAAAGACCUGAGAGUCAAAACAAUAACUACAGUGGAUCAAGGACUUCUCGCAGAGCAAGGAAUACCAAAGCAAAUCAUAUGUGACAAUGGAACCCAGUUCACAUCUCAGGAAUUCAAAAGGCUAGCCAAUGAGUAUGGGUUCAAUAUUAUAACCUCAUCAGUGGAGCUGAAACUCCAAGAUCAUAUAUUAUAGAAACUGAAUCUGGUAGGCAGCUGAGACGUAACAGGGCCCACAUCUGUCCAACAUCAAAGCUAUUGAGGAUAACAUGCGCAAGGCCUGCAGCAUCAGUGACAACACCAACGAGAACCACAACACGCACAGCAGAUGACAGCACACACAGAAUCCGUAUUCCACAGAAUCAUCACCCCGACAGGCACCAACCACCCAUCAGCAGCCCAACAACACACCUCAGACAUCAGUGAUCCACCAGAUGGAGACCGAAUAUUUUACCACCGAUUCGAUACCGUUAAAAGAAAAAAAAUAAUAAAUAACUAUUUCUGUAGAUAAGGAAGCAGAAAACCACGUAUGAGGGCAGAAUAAUCUCAUGAUUUCUGCUGCAGGAUUGCCACCCUUGCGCUGACAAUCCAUUAGUGUAAGGGAGAUUACUUCUAUUUUUUUCAUUGCCAAAAGACCCUUUUACAAGAAGGGAUGUUACACGU